AUGCUACAGCAGACUGUUCCUUGGCACAGGCAGGUCCUGAGCUGUAGUUGGAGUAGAUUGUGCCUUCUGAAGCGACACCUAUUUACAAUGAAGUUGCAGUCUCCAGAAUUCCAGUCACUUUUCACAGAAGGAUUGAAGAGCCUGACAGAAUUAUUUGCCAAAGAGAAUCAUGAAUUAAGAAUAGCAGGAGGAGCAGUAAGGGAUUUACUAAAUGGGGUGAAGCCUCAAGAUGUGGAUUUCGCCACCACUGCUCCUACUCAGAUGAAGGAGAUGUUCCAGUCAGCUGGCGUGCGCAUGAUAAACAACAAAGGAGAGAAGCAUGGGACGAUCACUGCCAGGCUUCAUGAAGAAAAUUUUGAAGUUACCACACUCCGGAUUGAUGUCACCACUGAUGGAAGACAUGCUGAGGUAGAAUUCACAACUGACUGGCAGAAGGAUGCUGAACGCAGAGACCUCACCAUAAACUCUAUGUUCCUAGGGUUUGAUGGUACCUUGUUUGAUUAUUUUAAUGGAUAUGCAGAUUUAAAAAAUAAAAAAGUUCGAUUUGUUGGACAUGCUAAGCAGAGAAUUCAAGAAGAUUAUCGGAUUUUAAGGUAUUUCAGGUUUUAUGGCAGAAUUGUCGACAAACCUGGUGACCAUGACCAUGAGACACUAGAAGCAAUUGCAGAAAAUGCCAAAGGCUUGGCUGGAAUAUCCGAGAGGAUUUGGGUAGAGCUGAAGAAAAUUCUUACUGGUGACCAUGUAAACCAUUUGAUCCACCUGAUCUAUGAUCUUGAUGUGGCUCCUCACAUAGGUUUACCUCCUAAUGCAAAUUUAGAAGAAUUUAACAAAGUCAGUAAAAAUGUUGAAGGCUUUUCACCAAAACCAAUGACUCUUUUGGCCUCUUUAUUUAAAGUACAAGAUGAUGUCACAAAACUGGAUUUGAGAUUGAAAAUUUCUAAAGAAGAGAAAAACUUGGGUUUAUUUAUAGUUAAAAACAGGAAAGAUUUGAUUAAAGCAACAGAUAGUUCAGAACCAUUGAGGCCAUAUCAAGACUUCGUUAUAGAUUCAAGGGAACCGGAUGCAAUUGCCCGUGUGUGUGAGCUGCUGAAGUACCAAGGAGAGCAUGGUCUUCUCAAGGAGAUGCAGCAGUGGUCUGUCCCACCAUUCCCUGUGAGUGGACAUGACAUCAGGAAAGUGGGCAUUUCUUCAGGGAAGGAAAUUGGGGCCCUGUUACAGCAGUUGCGUGAACAAUGGAAGAAAAGCGGUUACCAAAUGGAAAAAGAUGAACUUUUAAGUUACAUAAAGAAGACUUAAAAUGAGCUCCAUACAGAACAAUGGAAAGUCUUGAAGCUUCACUUAAGACUAAACGAAGAGCCAACAAAAGACAGUGAACACAACCAUAUUACCCAGGAAACCAGCUGUGUACUGUAGAAGGCCGACCUAUCAGAUUCAGGUUGGAAGCUUUAUACACAGUCAGUGUCUCAUGUACAUAUCCAUGAGGAUUCACAUAUGCUGCCAUUGGACCACACAAGGAUAAACUGGAACAAAGAA